UGGAAGGGAGCGACUGGGUGGCGUUUCCUUUCACACGUUAUAUACCUGAAAAACAAAUCAAAUUCAGAAAUACUCCUCGUGGCCCAUCAUUCAAGAGACUCUAAGCUUCUGCUCUGAUUAUCCAUCGCCAUGUUUUCGUGGAUGAAAAAGAACGACGGUCACAGGAACCCUCAAGUUUUCGGCUCAGUCGUGGAAGGCUUGAAGAAACUCUACUUUAAGAAUUUGAAACCACUGGAAGAGUCUUACCUUUUCAAUGAUUUUCACUCGCCCGUUAUGACUGAGCCUGACUUCGUGGCGAAACCCAUGGUAUUGUUAGUUGGUCAGUAUUCUACUGGUAAAACAACGUUCAUUCGUUAUCUUCUUGAACGAGAUUUUCCUGGAAUACGCGUAGGCCCUGAACCUACUACUGAUAGUUUCAUCGCGGUAAUGCACGGAGAGAAAGAGCAAGUAAUUCCCGGAAAUGCUUUGAUGGUGGAUCCCCAGAAACCUUUCCGCACUCUCGAUUCCUUUGGUAAUGCCUUUCUGAAUAGGUUUUGUUGCUCCGAGCUUCCAAGUCCUGUCCUUGAGAGCAUUUCAAUCGUAGAUACACCUGGUAUUUUGUCAGGCGAAAAGCAGAGUGUGUCUCGCGGAUACGAUUUCACUGGAAUUCUAAAGUGGUUUGCCGAACGAUGCGAUCGGAUAAUUCUUCUUUUCGAUGCGCACAAACUUGACAUUUCAGACGAAUUUCAACGUGGGAUUGAAGUUCUUCGCGACUACGAUGACAAGAUUCGAAUUGUCCUCAACAAGGCUGAUAUGGUCACCACUCAACAGCUGAUGCGAGUCUAUGGAGCUCUUAUGUGGUCUUUGGGGAAAGUGAUUAACACUCCUGAAGUUGCUCGGGUUUAUAUCGGGUCUUUCUGGGACCAGCCUUUGCAAAUUGAUGAAAAUCGAAAACUGUUCGAAUGUGAAGCCAGUGAUCUAUUCAGCGAUAUUCAAACGCUUCCAAGAAAUGCCGCACUGAGGAAGUUGAAUGACUUCAUCAAGAGAGCCCGUUUAGCCAAGGUUCAUGCAUAUGUUAUAGCAGAGCUGAAAAACCAAAUGCCAGCAGUGUUUGGUAAGGAUAAGAAGAAGGAGCAACUUUUGAACAAGCUUUCUGAUGUCUACAUGAAGAUUCAGAAGGAACAAAAUAUAUCCCCUGGAGAUUUCCCACCUGUACUGAAAAUGAAAGAGCAGUUGCGUAAGUAUGACUUCUCAAAGUUUGCCCCCUUGAAAACCAAGCUGAUAGAAUCCCUUGACCGCAUGUUGGCAAAUGAAAUUCCACGCCUGAUGGCCAUGAUACCCUUGGAGAAUGAAAGUGAAUCUGAUCAUUCUGUGCAAGGAGGGGCAUUUACUGUCAGUCAUGCUUCCAACAAUCCCUUUGCAUCAGGAGCCUGUCAGGGUGCUGCUUUCGGGGCUGGAUCAGAUGACUGGGUGGUUCAAGAAUUUAAACAUGAAUAUGACAAGAUCUUCAAAAGUUUGAAUCCUCAAGGCGGAAAGAUAAGUGGAGCUGUUGCAAAGAAGGAAAUGACAAAAUCCAAGCUACAAAACAACGUAUUGGGUAAAAUUUGGACUCUUGCUGACAUAGAUCGUGAUGGGAAACUUGAUGAAGAUGAGUUUGCUUUGGCAAUGUAUUUGAUAAAGAUCAAGUUAGAGGAUGAUGAUCUACCAGAAGAACUUUCUAAUCACCUUAUUCCUCCAUCAAAGCGUCUCCAGUCGUCCAUUGGUAUGGACUACGACUAAUAAGACUCUAAUAUCAGGGAGGCAGUGUACUGAUAUUCAAGAAGUGUGUGAUAAUUUGGACAAAACACGAACAUUUACUGAUUGGGUCAAAAUAAUUUUAAAAGGUGAUAUAAAAGUUUAUGGUCAAAGUCUCCCUGGCUCUCAUAACUGUGAGUCUUAUGCAGGGUUUGUUCUAUGCUGUUAAUUAUAUUCCUCAAGAUGAACCUAACAUUUAACUCACAGUGGUAUUUUAGAUUUGGAUGGCUUUCUUGCACGUUCUGCUGGAGGUAGUUUGUACAAUUAUCCUAAUAAGGUGGAUGAUUUUGGUCGAGUUUUUCUUCAAAGAAAAAUAGUGUCUGGAGCAGCAGCAUUUUAAUAGGUGAUAAGGUACUGUAUGUAUUGGGAAAGAUAAUAUGUAGCAGAAAAACAUUCAAAACAGUAGAGUCAACAAACCAAGAAAUUGACUGCCUCUGUUGUCACUCAGCUCUUGAUGUAAUUGGGAAUAUCACAGAAUGAGGUUUAUCAGACCAGAGAGGAAAUGUGGAAAGGUUUUGGUACUUUCUGUCUAGGAGGUAGAUUGAUAGAUAGAAAGGAAGUACUAUAAGUUGUUACUGACAGAUAAAGGUUUGAUGAAAUUUUCACUAACUUACAAUAGUUCUGUUCAGAAAAAUUUAAUUUGUAGUAAUCGAUUUAUUCAUUUGAUUUGCAUGAUAUUACUGUCCAAUUCACUAUUGUUUGUCUUAUAAUUGUUGAAAAACUUGGAUAUCAAGACACACCAGAUUUUGAAUGGUGCACCCAGUACCAAAAGUUAACUCAAUUAAGUUUGGCUUGCAACUUCUACCUCCAAAUGAUACAGAUCACACCUUCUAUCAGCAGCAGCGAUUUUAGACUCAUUUUUUUGUGAGUAAGGUAGGAAGGUCAUACAAAUGGACUCAAAAUGGUGGCAGAAAUCGUAUGAGAAAAGCCAAAAAGCAACUCAUACAAAAUAAACAUUACAAGUCAGUGCACCUUGUUAUUGGUGAAAUGAGUGCCAAAGAUUUAGUUUUGUACAUGUUAACCCAACCAUACUGUCUGUAGUUAUCUUCAAAUUUACAAUUACAAUGUCGCUGUCAUUUUUUCAUCAGUUUUUGUUUUUUCAGCUCUUAGAUAUGUCAAGUUAGGCAAUUGCUGUGGUGACUACAGAGAUCUUCAAUUCUUCUGAUUGUUAAAGGAUUGUUUUAUUUCCUACCUUAACUUGUGCGAAGUGACCAUAAGGACCAAAUAACUAAUCUUCAAAAUUAGCUGCUAUGCAAAUUUUCAAAUGUGUUUUUUAUAUUCACGCAAGCAAUAAUUAUUGUACUAGAACAUGGAUUAAUUAGUGUAUGGUUGAUUUGACAAUGUUUAAAUCCUACUAUGUGCAAAAGUGUUAUGUUUAGUACUUCAUAAUUUUUUGGGAUAGAGGGCUUGACCAUUCGAGAAAAUUAAAGUGUCAUAGUUGUAUGUUUACCCUUUGAACCAAAGUAGGUGCAAUGCUAAUAUGAACCAGGUUCAUUGUAUUAACAUUAUUGUUAGUUUAAGUUCCCUCAGUACCAUUACGUAAUUAUUUUUUCCAGAUAGAGGUACAUUACUUAUUUUCACCAUAGGUUAUUUUUGUACAUAGUCGAGGUGUAACAACAUUGAAAUGAUACUAUUGAAAGGCAAUCUGUAUUAAGUUAAAUAUCAUUAAAGUAUCUUUAAUGUUAA